AAUUUAUAGUCUCAAACUCAAAGUCCAAGUCCAAGUCUUAGUGAGGAGCUCUGAGGAGUAGCAAUGGCGAUGAGAAUGAGGAGCGUUCAAUCCCUCAUCUUUGCCAUUCUUGUCUUGAUUUCUGUAUGGAGAGCUGGAGCGCGUUCUCCAUUUGAGGUUCAAGAGAAGGAAAGGGUGGUCAAGCUGCCUGGCCAGCCCAAUGUGAAUUUUACUCAUUAUUCUGGGUAUGUGACUGUCAACAAGGAGUCUGGGAGGAAUCUCUUCUUUUGGUUCUUUGAGGCCGUUGAUAAACCGGAGGAAAAACCCUUGCUUCUCUGGCUUAAUGGAGGACCUGGGUGUUCUUCGAUUGCUUACGGGUUGGCUGAGGAGGUAGGACCAUUUCAUGUGAAUCCAGAUGGACAAAGCCUCUAUUUGAACCCAUACUCCUGGAAUCAAGUGGCCAAUAUCUUGUUUCUCGAUUCACCUGUUGGUGUUGGAUUUUCCCACGCAAACAAUUCUCAAGAUAUUUUGAACAAUGGGGAUGCAAGAACUGCCAAUGAUUCCUUAAUAUUUCUGACAAAGUGGUUAAAGCGAUAUCCUCAAUACAAGGGACGGGAUUUUUUUAUAUCUGGAGAGAGCUAUGCAGGACAUUAUGUUCCUCAGUUGGCUCAAGUUAUUGUCAGAUAUAAUGAUGCAACAGGAGAUAAAUCAAUUAACCUGAAAGGAUAUAUGGUGGGGAAUGCUCUGACUGAUGAUUAUCAUGAUCACUUUGGAGUUUUCCAAUUUAUGUGGUCUGCUGGAUUAAUAUCAGACCAAACAUACAAGAAUCUGAAUGUCCGCUGUGACUUCCAGUCAUUUAUCCAUCCAUCAGCGGAAUGUGAAAAGAUUAUUGAGGUUGCUGAUAAAGAGCUCGGGAACAUAGAUCCAUAUAGCAUCUUUACUCCAUCCUGCCCGGCAAAUGCCGUGCUCUCAAAGAACAAUUUACUGAAGAGACUCCGGUUACUUGGAAGAUUGGGUGAAAAAUAUGACCCCUGCACUGAGAAACAUUCAACUAUUUAUUUUAACCUGCCUCAUGUUCAGAAAGCACUUCAUGUGAAGCCAGCAUUUGCACCAUCAAAAUGGGAAACUUGCAGUGAGAUUGUCAACUCAAAUUGGAAGGACUCUCCAAGUUCCAUGCUUCCUAUUUACCAUGAGCUUAUAAAGCACGGGCUUCGCAUUUGGAUCUUCAGCGGAGAUACAGAUGCAGUAAUUCCAGUUACAGGGACCCGAUACAAUGUUGAUGCUUUAAAGCUUCCAACUGUGACUCCAUGGCAUGCUUGGUACAAUAACGGACAGGUCGGUGGAUGGACGCAAGUGUACCAAGGACUGACAUUUGUGACGGUAAGGGGAGCCGGUCACGAAGUUCCAUUGCAUCGACCGAAACAAGCUCUUGUUCUCAUCAAAUCAUUUCUGGCAGGCAGUCCAAUGCCUACCGACCCGCAGAUUAUCGACUCGUGAAGUGGGUUGGUUUGAACCUUAUAAUUCAUGUUUUUGUGAUUGUUUGUGAUGAAUAAAUUUUUCAAUUUUUAAACCUGUGAUUUUAAGUCAAACCUGUAAUUUUUGUGAUGCCGGAACUAUCAUAACUUCUCCAGCAUUUUGACAGGUAUAAAUUGGUCAGCUUUUAAAUUUGUUCA